AGCUUCAAUUUGGGGAUACAUAUUUCGUAUCGUUGUUAAUAGGUUUUCUCUAGCUUAACUAACACAACGGCAAUGGCGGUUGAUGAUGAUUGUUCUGCGGGAUUGGGUACGACUAGGGCUUCGCAUCUGCGCACUUCUGCUUCCACCCCCAUAGAUUCCUCAAAUAUUGGCUUUCAGUUGUUAAAGAAGCAAGGAUGGAAAGAAGGAACUGGUCUUGGUGUUUCCGAACAGGGCAGGCUGGAGCCAAUAGCAACUGCUGUCAAGAAAAACAAAAGAGGUGUGGGAGCAGAAGAGGCAAAAGUUCAAAUCAAGAAAUCAAAAGUUAAGAAGGAUAAGGAUGAUCCGGAAUCACCUAAGAUUAAAGUAAGAGGCGCCUCAAAGAAGAUAAGGAAGGUUCAAGAGUUUGAAAAGAAGAUGCAAGAAAAGGAAUUUGAUCGGGAUUUCUUCAGGAUGUUCUGGCCAGAUAACGUCUGAACAUUUGUUUGUCUCAGGAGUCAGGAAAUUGAUCUGGAAAAGGUACUUCAGGAAUCCAUGAUAUUGGCAUUUCUGUUCUGUCCAAUGACAGUCGUGAAAGUGCUAUUAUGAGUUAUGGUUUAGCAGCAGGCCUUCAUUGUUAUCUGAAGCUUUCCUUCCAAUCGAAAGUUAUUUCUUUUACCGUGUAACUGGCUCUCACCGCAGUUCUCACAUAAUGUAAAAUGAGUGAGAAAAUUGGUUCAUUAUUUUUUCCAGGUAAUUCUGAAAAUCAGUGUAGAGUUGGCGUAUGUCCUCUCCUUUACUAGUAAAUGUUAUGCAGUGGCUUUUUUGUGGACAGCUCAUGAAGGAAAAAUAGUGUAUAUGUAUAUUGCAAAAAAAGAGGUAACAAUGGGGAACACUAAUUCUUCAUUUGUCGAGUCUGUAGAAAUUAAUUAUGAAUACAUUUUAACUUCAAUUUUUGUUGUGACACAA